AAAAAAAAAAAAAAAAAAAAAAAAAAAAAAAAAAAAAAAAAAAAACUGUCAUCAUCAAUUUUUCAAAUAUUUUAAUCCAAUCAUAUUCCACACGCCAAUCCUUACCUUCUUAACAUACCUUUCCAACUUCCCCCCUUUGACUAAACACUCUCCUAACCUCUGACCAUUGACUUUUUGACUCCACCUCCUUAUAAAACCCCUCCUUUCUUCCUCUUUCUCUCUCCUCAACAACCCACCAUCUUUCUCUCUCCUUUCUCUGCAACUCACAUUUUCUCUCUCCUCCAUGAAAAUGGCGAGACCUCAAUCCGAGCUUUGCAUCAGCAUCCCAACCUACUUCCGCUGCCCAAUCUCUCUCGAACUCAUGAAAUCCCCUGUUUCUCUCUCUACUGGCGUCACCUACGAUCGCACCAGCAUCCAAACAUGGCUCGAUGGCGGCAACACCACUUGUCCUGCUACGAUGCAAUCUCUCUCCUCGCCUUCCUUCGUCCCUAACCUUACGCUUCAUCGUCUGAUUCAUCUUUGGUCGGUCUCUCACUCUCUCUCUCCUCGGAUUCAUCUCUCGGCGAUUCUGAAGGAGGUGGAGUAUGCGCGUGAUGUUACUCUCUCGUUGAAGAAGAUUCUCGAACGAGUGGCGAAUUCUGAGGAGGAUUGUAGAGUUUUGGAGAGGUAUUUGGAUUUGAUUGUGAAAUUGAUUGUGAAAUCUGAUGAGAAAAUCGAGAAUCUGGAGUUGAUCUUCAUGAUUUUGAGUUUUUGUGAUGGCCAGAAGAUUAACAACAAAUUGAUGAUGAAUUCUGGUUGUUUUGAUAAAUUCGUUGUUGUUUUGCGAAAUGGAAGCGUCGAAUCGAAGAUCGCAGUCGCUAAAAUUGUGUCGAAAAUCGCCAUUGAUAAGAAAACAAUAACCUCGUUGAUCGAAACGCGGAGUUUGAUUGUUGAGCUUUACAAUUUGAUCAAAUGUGAUUCAGAUUCUUCAAUUGAAGCUGGAUUAAUGGCGCUAAUCGCAAUCGCAACCACAAAAGCGUCGAAAAUGGAGGUGGUAAGGUUAGGGGUGGUGCGUAGAGUAUCCGAGAUCAUCUGCGACGCAGGGAGAAAUGAAACCAUGGUUAUUCAAAAAUCAUUGGAGAUGCUAGAGGUGAUUGCCACGUGUACGGAGGGAAGAGCGGCGAUCAUUGAGGCGGAGAAAUGUGUGGUGGAGAUCGUUCGGAGGUUGAUGAAGGUGUCGGCGAAGGCGACCGAGCACGGUGUCGCGGUGUUGUGGAGUGUCUGCUAUCUAUUUAGGGAUGAGAAGGUGAAGGAAAUAUUGGGGAAGAACAAUGGUUUAGGGAAGUGUUUGGUGUUGCUUCAAAGUGAUGUUUCACCAAUUGUUAAGCAAAUGUGUGGUGAUUUGGUGAAGAUUUUGAGGGUUAAUUACAAGUCUUGUUUGGGUGGUUAUGAUACCAAAACCACUCAUAUUAUGCCAUAUUAAAUGUUGUAAUGAAGAUUUUAGGCAAGCAAAAGAAUGAAAAAAGUUGGAAGAAAUGCAAAUUUAAGUUAGAAUUUGGGGGUAGGUUAGGGUGGAGUUAGAUAGGGUUAAAGAUUUCAUUGUUAGUUCAAUGGAAAAACUUGUAAAUUUGAUACAAAAUUGACCAAUACAUCAUACGUGAAAAUACUUGGAUUAAAGAAAUUUAUGUCUACAGGCAACAAGUUAUGUUUCUUGACAAUAUAUAUUGUGUAAUUUGAAGUAGUGUUAUCCGGUAAAAAUGUUGUCUAGUUCUUGAUAGAAGUAAUUUGUUGAAAACAUUUUGUGUACGGGAAGUAAUAAAGGUAUUUGUUAGAAAACCAAUUCAAU